CUUGAUUGAUUCAGUAGAACUUCAUUUCAGGUUCUUGCAGGUUCUCUCCUCUCUUUCUCUCCCACACACAAAACAGACAUGGACUGCGUUGUUUUGCUUCCUGUUCUUCAUAAGUAACAACUUAAGUUUAUUGGUGUGGUAUAUAUCUCCACUUUGAAAUUUAUAAAUAUUCAGUAACGUUUUUGCUUGACAAAGCAAAUAGAUGCCAAAUUUUUUGUUCCUUCUAGUAUUUGGAUGAUCUUUGCAAUGACCGACUCAUUUCUUCAAUCUAUAUAUGCUGGAAGCAGAUAAUAUUUGUUCGACUUGUUUUAAGCUGAGCAUGCCCUUUUCUUUUCUUUUGAAGCAGUGAAAUUAAUGGUCCGGAUAUGAUUCUUAGAAUUUCUUGUAUUUCUCAGAAAUUUAUAAUCAUAGCCUUUCUUGAUUGAUUCAAACCUGAUUUUCUCUGUGUUAUGAUCUCUGUUAAUGUUGGUAAAAUGUGAAACUUUUUUGUGGAUUUGAUCUUUGAAAAAUGAAAAAUCUUGGGGAUAAAUUAUGGAAGUUCAUCGUCAAUUUUGUAACAAUCAAAUUUCUCUGGGCUGUCAUCAACGUGACUAAAUUUUUCUCUGGUUUUUAAGUACAGUCUCUGGAUUUUUUUCUUCUUCUAAUCUUUGCAGGGAUGCAGAAGGAAAUUAAAGCGGCUUUGCUUUUUGGGUUGGUGGUAUGGGUAUAUCAGGCAACCAACCCUCCACCUCCAAAGAUUUGCGGUACCCCAGGCGGCCCGCCUAUUACAGCACCUAGAAUAAAAUUGAGGGAUGGGAGGUAUUUGGCCUACAAGGAGCAUGGUGUCUCUAGAGAAACUGCCAAAUAUAAGAUCAUAUAUGUUCAUGGCUUUGCCUCUAUGAGACAUAAUACAAUGAGCGUGGAAAAACUCUCUCCGGAAGUUGUUGAGGAGCUGGGAUUCCACCUUGUGUCCUUCGACCGGCCGGGUUAUGGAGAAAGUGAUCCACAUCCAAAGCGAACUCCGGAGAGUAUAGCUUUAGAUAUAGAAGAGCUUGCGGAUCAUUUAGAAUUUGGAUCCAGAUUUUAUGUCAUGGGGUUUUCUAUGGGAGGUCAAGUGAUCUGGGGCUGCCUCAAGUACAUCCCUCACAGGCUAGCAGGAGCAACACUAAUUGCGCCUGUUGUCAACUACUGGUGGCCUGGCUUUCCUGCCAACUUAUCAACAGAAGCCUACUACUUACAGCUACCUCAGGACCAGUGGACAUUGCGUGUUGCUCACCAUGCUCCAUGGCUCACCUAUUGGUGGAACACUCAGAAAUGGUUUCCUGCAUCGGCAGUUGCAGCCCGUAAACCUGAAGUUUUCUCCCGUCAGGAUUUAGAAGUACUCCUUUCCAUGGUUACAGAUGGAAGAAUGAACAUGCCACAAACAAUGCAGCAAGGAAAAUUUGAAACCAUACAUCGAGACAUGAUGAUUGGGUUUGGGAAGUGGGAAUUCGAUCCCAUGGAUCUUGAAAAUCCCUUUCCUGACAAUGAAGGCUCGGUUCAUCUAUGGCAGGGUGAUGAAGAUAAGAUGGUGCCUGUUAGCUUGCAACGAUAUAUUACCCAAAGACUUCCCUGGAUAAACUACCAUGAGAUAUCUGGCUCUGGACACAUGUUCCCUUACAUCCCAGAGACAUGCGAAGCGAUUAUAAAGGCUCUUUUGCUGGAAAAAAACUAGCCCUCCUUCGAGCUUAGUUGGCGUCAGCAUUUGUUUGCCUUUCUUCAUAGGUUCAUGGCACUGUAUCCUUGUUCUAUUCUUAGUUUCAAACAAUAUUGCAAAUAGAUUGGAUUACGACCCUAGUUCUAUUCUCAAA